AUGUGGCAGCCCUACAGUCCUCAUUGUGUGUCCAAGCUCUCCCAUUGGCUCCAAACUGUGAGAAACUCCAACAAGCCAAAGACCCACACAUUCAUAUGGAGAUUUGGCAGUAUAAAUAGAGGAGAUGCAGACAGUACAAAUCAGACUCACUCUACACAGAGAGAUCUACAGCACAGAAACACAGCCAUGGCACCAACCAUCACUUCAGCAAUGAACAUCUCAAACGAGCAGCUACCUCUGAACAACAAGCUAAGGAAGCCGAUGGUGGAGAAGAUGCGCAGAGAUCGUAUCAACAGCAGCAUUGAGCAGCUGAAGUCUCUCCUGGCUCCAGAGUUCCUCAACCAGCAGCCCGACUCCAAACUGGAGAAAGGAGAUAUCCUGGAGAUGACAUUCAGCUUCCUGAGACAACAACAGCAGCAGCAUCCUGCAUUCUCUUCCAGCUCAGCAGCUGUCAAUCAAGGCUUCUCCAAAUGUGUCCAUGACAUUGUCCACUUCCUGUCCAAAGAUGAGCUGAGAACACAGAGCCAGAGAAAACUGCUGAACCACUUCCAGGACCUGCAGCCAUCUUCAGACGAGAACAGGAGGGAAAGUGUUCUGGCUCAGCUGAGCUCUACAGAGCAGCAGAUCAUCAGCAAAGAGAAGACUUCAGUUAAGAGCUUCCUCUGGAGGCCCUGGUAAACACAAGAUCUAGACUUAAAGCACAAGUUUAUGUGGACUUUUUAUGUUUUUCCUUCAACGUCUGCAUGAGCAGGAUUUUAACUGAAUCUAAUUAUCAUCUUUUUGGUGAUAGACCUAUAUCUUUCUACUUUGUGAAAGAUUAUUAAUGGAGAAGCUGAUAGAAUCCUGUCAGGAUCUACAGUAUUGACAAUGUAUGUUUAUGCUAAACGUAAAUAAUACUGAUAAAUUGUUUUCAAUUAUGAAACGUCCUUUACUAUUUGUGAUUUCCAUUUUAGGAAAAAAAAACACUGUAUGUAUUAUUCUAUAUUAGCUCUAACAUUUGUAUUAUCUUUGUGAUUUCACAAAAUUAUAAUUAUAUUUGAUCAUGUUUGAUUACAUUUUACAGAAUUGGUGCCCAAUUAUAGUGUGAAAUACACAUGCUAUGUACAUUCUGGUUAAAUACACUACAUUUAUAUAGUGAACUAUAAAGUAUAUAAGCAUUAAAUGCCUUUUGUGAAGGUGAUCACAUUCUGAUUAAUACAGAAUUAUUACGAUUUAAAUUUCAGUUUAUUUGAAAUGUGUUUAAUUUCAUCAAUAUGUUACAUGUUGAUUAUUCAUCUAUUUUUCUCAUUUGCUUUGAGAAGUUUUAUGUUUUUACCUUAAUCAAGGUUUAUUUUGUACCUUUUGUGUGGUACUGUUAAUGAUGAAACAUCCAUUUUACCCUUGACAGUAUCUGAUGAGACACUUUAUGUUUAAUUCACAUUUAUUAUUUCUUUUGAGAAAUUGGAUUUUUUAUUAUUUAACAGAUUUUAGCUGUUGGAAAAGUUUUGUGUGUCUUUUGUAAAGACAAGCUGUUUAAACUCUGCUCUAUUAUGAGCACCAUGUGUUGAAGAAUUCUUCAAGUGACUGUUGUGAUAUAUUAUCACAUAUUAUCUUGCCUUAAUUCGAACACAAAAGUACCCCAGAAAGAAAAAAUAAU